AUGCUCACGGUAGUGAAACGCUUUGGCAUUGGUUGGCGUGAGCCCUUUGAGAGUGUGUUGGUUUCCGUGCAAGUCUUGAGCUUCGACGUGGCGAUGUUUUCAGUGAGCUGCGUGACUCAACCUGGUCCGGUAGGGCUCUUCACCUUGCGCGCGUUGAUGAUCCCCAUGCUGGCGUUCGUUGCUCUGGUCGUGCACAUUUGCUACCUUUUAUUCACUCGCUCAAAGACCUUCCAGAUGAGCAAUUUGCUGAGGACCAUCGGAUCGAUUGUUUUGGUCAUUUUCAUCAUCCUUUUCUCAAUGCUCUUGGCGCCUUACCAAUGCAAUGAACAUCCCAACGGCAAAAUGACCUUGAAGCGCUACAAGACCGUCUUCUGUAACGGAGCGGAUGACCAUUUGGCAAUGAUCCUGAUUGGCGGUUUCGCUUGCUUGAUGCCAAUCAUAUUCCUAGUCGUUGUCACUUGGACCGUCAUGCUGGAGCUGCCCCGACGGAUGGCAAGGUCCGAUACUCAGUUUUUGGCUGCUUGCGGUUUCCUCAUCAAGCGCUUUCGGCCGGGCAUGGAGAUGGCCUCAGUUUUCUUCUUGAUCAGAAACGCCUGCGUGGCCUUGUGCCCACUAGUCUCCGACACGCCUGGGCAGCUGCUGAUGAUGAGCAUCAUUUUGUAUGUGAACUCCAUGAUGGUGGCCUUCUUCCAGCCAUGGCGCUUCCUGAUCUGCAAUCUUCUGGACAACGUGCUCCUGGGUGGAAUGAUGGUGAUUCUGAACCUGGGCUCUGUCGCGGUGCAAGAGUCAGUUCCAGAAGAGACAAGCACGGUUGCGGUGCUUUUCUUGGUGCUUAUGGGCUUCUGCAUCUUGGGAACUAUUUGCCACGGCGCCUACAAGCACCUUCAACAGAAAUACCGCAAGCAGUUCCGGUACUUCCUGUGUCACCAGAAGAAUGCUGCAGGUUCAAUGGCAAGGCUCUUGAAGAUGGAGAUAGAGAAGCGUUUGCCUGGGACCAAGACGUUCAUCGACUCUGACGAUCUGACCGACCUCACACGGCUGUUCAGCUAUGUGGGGCAGGAUACGCAAAACUUCUUGGUGCUGUGCAGCCCCGACAUCCUCACGCGCCAGUGGUGUGUGGGAGAAAUGGUCACUGCCAGAGCCAACGGAGUCAACACCAUGCUGCUCACAUGGCCACGCUUCCUUCUUCCGGACGAGAGCUUCAUCGCGAAAUAUCCCAUGAUGGUUCCAGACAUCACCGAGCUCACGAAGUACGGCAUCGGCCUGGGCGAUGUGCAAGACUCCUUCCGAUGGCUUGCCACGGUGCCACAACAGUCACUGCCCGAGCAAAUCUCCCCGACCUCGACCCACUUUAUGGUCUCGAGCCUGGUGUCAUUUGGACAGAGCAGGCACAGCAAGAAUCAGAGUCGGGGCACCUAUCAGUCGGAGUUUGAUACCAACUUCCCCGUGCUGGUGGAUCCUGGAAACUCGGAAGCAGUGGCUGCAGCUAUGGUGCUUGCCAGCCUGUUGAAGCCUGCACUCUUGGGCACGAAUUUGCCCCUUCCCUUCAUCCAACUCGGCGGUGUCAAGGUCCCGCAGGAAGCCACGCGCUCCUUGUUGAUUUGCAGCAGUGGAUGCUUCAAAUCAGAGCAGCUUCAGACCUGGCUUUUGCAAGCCUCACGCCUGCCAAAAUGCUGCAUGAUUCCAGUGAUCACGCAGGACGCCUUCGAAAUGCCUUCCGGAGCCUUCUUCAUGGAACUGCAAACCACGUCGAAGUUGACAGAUGGCGAGUUUCCUGCCAAAUUUGGUGUGAAAGUGAUCAAGGCGUUGUUCCAAGAGAUUGCUGUAGUCUUCACGCCAGAGAGCUAUGCGUCCACCCAUCAGGAUUUGCAACUCCGCGCCAAGCAGGCAGCUUCUAGGCUCAUCGCCAACCUUCAGCCCUUGGAACAGAAAGUCUCCAAAUUGCAGUCCAGGUUCGGAGAACAAUCUUCUGUGGAAGAAAUCUGGCGAGCCAGGAGCAGUAUGAUGGUGACCAAAGGCAGCGAAGAGCCAGAAGAUUGCAACAAGGAGUUGACACCAACCGAGUACUCCGAUGGAGCCUACUUUCCUCGGGACGUGGUCAGCGAGGCUUUGUGA